AUGAGUCCCAAACACGUCAUUUAUAAGAAGCUCUCCCGCGACAAAUCCGUGGGCGUUUACAUGGGAAGGCGGGACUUUGUGGAUCACUGUGACUUUGUUGAUCCUGUUGAUGGUGUUGUGUUGCUCGAUCCGGAGCAAACGAAAGGAAAGAAAGUUUAUAUCAUGCUGUCGUGUACGUUCCGUUAUGGGCGGGAUGACAUGGACGUGCUGGGGAUGGCAUUCCGGAGAGACAUUUUCUUGUGCACACGACAAGUUUACCCCCCACUGCAGGACCGAGAUCGCUCCAUCCACACCAAAAUUCAAGAGAGACUCCUGCGCAAACUAGGAAACAAUGCCUACCCAUUCUUCUUUGAGUUUCCAGAUAACCUGCCAUGCUCUGUGGCUCUGCACCCAGCACCCACUGAUGUUGGAAAGCAUUGUGCCGUGGAGUUCGAGGUGAAGGCGUUCUGUGCUGACAAUCAGGAUGAGAAGGCUCAGAAAAGGAGCACAGUGCGUUUGGCCAUAAGGAAGGUUCAGUAUGCUCCUGAAAAAGGGGGUCCAGCUCCCUUGAAUGAGACCACCUGUGAGUUUAUGAUGUCAGACAAGCCUCUACACAUGUCUGUCUCUCUGGAUAAGGAGACGUAUUAUCACGGGGAACCUAUUAACGUCAGUGUGGACAUCGAUAACAGCUCCAGCAAAGACAUGAAGAACAUCACAGUCUCAGUGGAGCAGGUCACUAACGUGGUGUUGUACUCCAACGAUAAGUACGUUAAAUCUGUGGCAUGUGAGGAAACUUCCGACUCUGUGCCAUCUGGGACCAGCCUGAAGAAAGUUUACACCCUCUACCCCCAACUGGACAGUAGCCGUGAGAGUCGUGGCCUGGCUCUGGAUGGAAAACUGAAGCAUGAGGACACCAACCUGGCCUCCUCCACCAUAGUGAAGGACGAGGUGCUGAAGGAGGUUCUGGGGAUGCUGGUGGCCUACAGAGUGGUGGUCCGAGGUACUGCAGCCGGUUUGAUCGGUUCCAGUGAGGUCGCUGUUGAAGUGCCGUUCCUGCUCAUGCACCCUAAACCUGCUGCAGUUAAAGAGAGUGACGGAGAUGAUGACAUGGUCUUUGAGGAGUUCAAGCGUUCCUACCUCAAGGGUGUCAUUGGUGAUGAUGACGAAUCUCCGGCGGAACCCUGA